AUGGGCGACAAGCCUGUUCACGAGGAGGGAGCGGGCGGCGGUGACCCGACUCGGGAGCCCGUGGAGAGCGUGAACCCGUGGCGGCCCUCGCUGGAACAGGCGAACCCUGACUCGGACCAGGAGUCCAACUCGAGCUCGAGCUCAAAGGACAGCGAUGUGGACGAGGGGCCGCUGUCGGUCCUCUGCUGGAACGUGGACGGCCUCAUGAGGGACAAGUGGAGGGAGCGAGCACAGGCGGUCUACGACGUCGUCUCCAAGAACUCCGUGGACGUGGUUUUUCUGCAAGAGGUUGUGAUUUCCUUCUUCAUCCACCUGUCCGGGUGUGCCAAGGAGGGCGACUACUCCAUCAUCCCUGGGGACACCGAGGGCUACUUCACGGCCGUGAUGCUGAAGAAUUCUCGCGUGAGGUUCAUCUCCCACGAGAUCUUCCCCUUCCCCACUUCCACGAUGAUGCGGCACCUCCUGGCCGUCAAAGCGGAGGUGUCGGGCCGGGAGCUGUAUCUGCUGACGUCGCAUCUGGAGAGCAUGGGGCCCAAGUCCGAGGAGCGCGUGCGGCAGCUGCGCCGCGUGCUACGCCGCAUGGCGCUGGCGCCCGCCCACGCCGCCGUCAUCUUCGGGGGCGACACCAACCUGAGGGACAAGGAGGUGCGGCGGAUGGGCGGGCUGCCCGGUGGCGUGGCCGACGUCUGGGAGGAGCUGGGCUGCCCCGAGGAGGCGCGCUACACCUGGGACCUCUCCCUGAACGACAACCACCAGUUCGAUCCUCCCGCCACGCCGCGCCUGCGCUUCGACCGCCUUCUCUUCCGCCGGGUCGAGCCCCGGCGCUCCUCCUCACCCGCCGCCGGCUCCGCCGCCGUGGCCGCGUUCGCGCCGCUGUCCCUGCGCUUCGUGGGCACCGAGCGGCUGCCGUGUGGGAAGUUCCCCAGCGACCACUGGGGGCUGCUGGCGCACUUUCAGUUGUGGGCGGAGCGGGACGAGGCGGGCCUCGACGCCACGGACGCCCUCCAGGCGUUGGACGUUUCAGGGGAAUAGUGGCUC